UCAUAAUUAACUUCUCUUACAUCCAAACGGAGCCCACAACUCACAAGAAGUAAAAUUUCGAACGCGGCUGCUCAGCCUGCUCCACUCUGGCCCCGUGCUGGACGCCUGCUACACUUUUACUCUCUCAGACUUCCAGUAGCAACGACAGCAGCAAUAAUGGCGGGAAGGGAAGGUGUUCUACACAGUGAAGUCUUCGAUCCUCAGAUUGAAAGAUUGGAAGGGGAAGACCUCAUGAUUGAGUUGCAAUCUCAACUUAAAUCUCUACGAAGCAGAGUCAAGGAAUUGGAGCUCGAAAACGCAAGAUUAUCUCAGCUUUCAAAUUGUCGGUGCCAGAAGAUACAGGAGUCUCCUGAACUUUCUGCUGUAUCAUCUGACAUUUCAGUUGAGGACAUAGCGCAAUCGACUGCUGGUGUUGGUAUAGUUGGAGUAGUUUUACCCCAAGAACAUUGCAGAGAAGAAGGCAUAUAUACAAGAGGGAAGGGGGGAACCAAAACUGUUGAUGUGAAUAAGAAGAAGAAAUCAAAAGAGGAAACAAUAGCAGGUUGCGACACGGGGAUCAUGCGUCACCAUGCUAGGAGAUAUGUUGCUCUAAAGAUUAUGUACUUUGGUCAAAGGUUUCAUGGUUUUUCUUUGGAGGGACAAAUGGAUCCAACUGUCGAGUCUGAAUUUUUCAAGGCACUCAAGCAAACAAAGCUUUUGAUUGGUGAGAGAGAGGAGUUACAGUACUCAAGGUGUGGUAGGACUGACAAGGGUGUUUCAUCUGUCGGACAGGUUGUGUCUUUAUUUUUACGAUCAAACCUUAAGGACAUCAAGUUUCUUACAAAUUAUGAGGAAAAUGCUCCAAAAGAAAGAUGUGAAGAGGAAAUUGAUUAUGUGAGGGUCCUGAACAGAGUCCUUCCUAAAGAUAUCCGAGUUAUAAGCUGGUGUCCUGCUCCUAUUGAUCUCCAUGCAAGGUUCAGCUGUUUGAGCAGGGAGUACAAGUACCUUUUCUGGAGGGAAAAUCUUGACAUAUCAGCAAUGGAGGUAGCUGGUAAAAAAUUUAUAGGGGAACAUGACUUCAGGAACUUUUGCAAGAUGGAUGCAGUCAAUGUUCACAACUACAAGCGCAAUAUCUUAUCAUUUGAAAUUUCAUCUUGCAAUGAAAGGUCAGAAGAUGAUCAAAUAUGGGCAAUGACAAUUAAAGGUAGUUCCUUUCUAUGGCACCAGGUCAGAUGCAUGGUCGCUGUGCUGUUUAUGAUUGGUGAAGGUCUUGAAUCCCCUAGUGUAAUUGAUAUUUUGCUUGACACAAGCAAGACACUAAGGAAACCUCAGUACGUCAUGGCACCUGAGCUUCCGUUGAUUCUUUAUUCCUGUGAAUUCCAUGACUUGAGCUUUGUUUGUUCUCCUGAUGCAAAGAAGACUUUGUAUGAGCACUUGAAACAUGAAUUUCAAAAUUAUAGACUCAAGGCUUCCAUCUUUCAUACAGCACUGCUAAGUUGCUCUUCUGCAAUGACCGAUAGGAGUCCCUUGGGGUAUGCUAAGAAGAAAAAGGCAGUCCAUGUUCCUCUGAUGUCACGGCCAACUGAGCCAUCUUAUGAAGAGCGGCGAGCCAAACUGAAAUCGAGAAAGUAAUUGUAUGAGUGGGUGGUAGCGGAACGUAAGUGUCUCUAUGCAUCCUUUAAAGAUCUAACGAAGCUCCACUUCUUCUUCACCACAUGGAUCAUUUCCGCCGAUGCCACUGCAUCUCUUUCCCUCUCGCUAGAAGCUGGGAAGAAUGCUAUUUACUAAUCAAUUGUUCAGAACUGGUUACAUUGGGAACCUCAAGUCUGCCAUGAGUUGUGAUUAUGUGAAGAAUUAAAAGUUUAUUGCAAUUCUUUUGUAGGUCACCGAAACCAGAUUUUUAUUGAAAUGAUGAUUGAUGUAUUUUACUUGGAUUUAUUGAAUAAAAGCCACAUGGAUCUUUGAGUGUUGGAUCUCUAA